GCUAUAUCCCCAUGGUCCUUACGGAGUCCCCAGCAUCCACUACGGACUACGAGAAAUAGAUUUAUCGGUAAGUAAAAUCUUAUUUUUUUAGAGUUUGUUAUUUUACAGGGAUCGCUCCCCACCGCAGGGGAACGCUCACCCCGGCAGCAUGCCGCCACCCCCUUGCAGAGCUGAAGUGUGGCGAGCGAGUCAUCAGCUGCCAAGUGAAGAGCAGUCCCUCCAGAGCACCUCCAGCUAUCUGUACGGUACCAGGGGGUUGUGGAAGGGAGGGGAGGUUAUGUAGAGACUGGGACACAGUCAGCGCAGGUUAAGGGUCUCCCUACACCUAUAUAGCGCUGUGUGGGUUGGCUCCAAUCUGUGUCUCUCUGCCAUUCUUGGGGGGUAACUCUGUCUGCCCUGUACCCUGUGUGUGUGGAGUGUACAAGCAACCAUGUCUAGAGAGACUGUCUCAUAUGCUGCAGAGGAUAUAUCUUCUCAGGAAGAUCCCAUCCCAUGUAAAGCAGAUCCCGGCUAGGGAACCGGAAUGGUUAGCCUCUCUUAGGGGGGCUUUUUCUCAGAUUUCUGAAAGGGUUGCAAGAACUGAGCAUUCAACUCAGGCAUUGCAGUCCUCUAUGGCAGUAUGGUCAGAUACUGCUCCCCUGGGGCCCACUGCGGUACAUUCUCACAAACGUGCUCUUGUCCAAAUUACGCAGGAUGACACGGAUACCGGUUCUGGCACAGCGGACGGUGAUGGGGAUGUGUCAAGGGGGACGGCAUCACUUGCUAGGGAGGUGCAGUUGAUGAUUGAAGCCAUGCGGGAUGUGUUAAAUAUUUCUGACAUUCCUCCUGAGCAGGUUGAGGAGGCUUUUUUCACAGACGGUAAGAAAACCCCUCUCGCCUUCCCUGCUUUUAAGGAACUAAAUGCCAUUUUUGAAAAGGCCUGGGAAAACCCGGAGAAAAAAUUCCAGAUCUCUAAAAGGGGUUCUGGUUGCUUUUCCCUUCCCGGAGGCCGAUUAGAAAAAAAUGGGAGUCCCCCGCCUAUAGUUGACGCCUCUGUUUCCAGGCUGUCAAACCAGGUGGUCUUACCAGUCCCGGGAUCUACUGCGUUGAAAGACCCAGCAGAUCGCAAAGUGGAUGCUACGCUCAAGUCAGUAUACACAGCUUCAGGGGCUAUAUUGCAGCCCACUAUUGCCUGUGCAUGGAUUUCUAAAGCUAUAGCAAAGUGGUCAAUCACUCUGCAGGAGGACUUGACUACGAUGGAUAAAGGUGACGUUGAUUUGUUUUUACGUAACAUACAGGAUUCUGCAGGGUUUCUGGUGGAAUCCAUGAAGGAUCAGGGUUCCAUGGCGGCAGGAAUCUCCAUGUCUGUCUCGGCUCACAGGGGUCUCUGGCUGCGCCAAUGGUCUGCGGACGUGGAAUCCAGGAAAAGUGUGGAGAGCCUACCCUAUACAGGUCAGGCUCUGUUUGGGGAGGCGCUGGAUGCGUGGAUUGCCACUGCUACAGCGGGUAAGUCUCCUUUUCUUCCCUUAGCUGCACCGGCUACGAAGAAGCCUUUUUCUCCCAACACGUCAGUCCUUUCGGCCCACUAGGAUUAGAAAGAACAAGCCCUUUUAUACCUUAUUUAGAGGUGGUCGUGCCAAAUCCAAAAAGCCUGCUCCCGCAGGUUCCCGGGACCAAAAGCCUGCUUCUAGUGCCUCAAAGUCCUCCACAUGACGGUGGACCGCACAGUCUGGAAGUAGGUCAGGUGGGAGCGAGACUCUGGCAUUUCAGCCACGUCUGGGUGUCGUCUGGCCUGGAUACAGGAUAUUGUGUCCUGGGGGUACAGGUUGGAGUUUCAAACUCUCCCACCUCACGGAUUCUUCAAGUCAGGCUUGUUGGCUUUGCUGGCAGACAGCUAUUUUACUGGACGCUAUCCGAAAAUUGGUUUUGUCAGAGGUCAUUGUUCCAGUUCCACCUCAUCAGUUGAACAAAGGUUACUAUUCGAAGCUUUUUGUGCUACCGAAGCCGGAUGGUUCGGUCAGGCCAAUUCUGAACUUGAAAUCAUUGAACCCUUAUCUCAGGGACUUCAAAUUCAAAAUGGAGUCUCUGAGAGCGGUUAUCUCAGGAAUGACGGAGGGGGAGUUCCUAGUGUCCUUGGACAUCAAGGAUGCGUACCUCCACAUUCCAAUUUGGUCACCACAUCAGGCUUAUCUCAGGUUUGCACUGUUAGACUAUCACUAUCAGUUUCAGGCACUGCCAUUCGGUCUCUCCACAGCACCGAGGCUCUUCACCCAGGUGAUGGCAGAGAUGAUGGUUCUCCUCCGCACGCAGAAGGGGGAACAUAAUUGCAUAUCUGGACGACCUGCUGAUCAAGGCAUCGUACAGGGAGAAGUUUAAGAUCCAUUGCUCUCACGACACAUUUGAUCAGGGAGCACGGUUGGGUCCUGAACCUUCCAAAGUCUCAUCAGGAGCCGACAAGGAGGCUGUCUUUCCUGGGGAUGAUCCUCGACACGGAGGUGCAGAGGGUACUACUACCGGUGGAGAAAGCGUUGGUGAUUCAAACAAUGGUCUGGGAUGUCUUGAAGCUGGCUCGGGUAUCGGUUCAUCAGUGCAUCCGCCUUCUGGGAAAAAUGGUUGCCUCCUACGAGGCUCUGUAGUACGGAAGGUUUCAUGCUCUGUCCUUUCAACUGGAUCUCUUGGACCCGUGGUCGGGAUCUCACCUACAUAUGCACCAGAGGAUACGUCUGUCGCCGAAAGCAAGGGUUUCGCUCCUCUGGUUUCUGCAACUACCUCACCUUCUGGAGGGCCGAAAGUUCGGAAUUCAGGACUGGAUCCUUCUAACCACGGAUGCAGGUCUAAGAGGUUGGGGAGCAGUCACUCAAGGGGAAACCUUCCAAGGAAGGUGGUCAAGUCAGGAAUCCCUUCUUCCGAUAAACAUCCUAGAGCUAAGAGCCGUAUACAAUGGCCUUCUUCAAGCAGCAGACCUUCUACAGGAUUGGGCUGUUCAGGUGCAGUCGGACAACGUGACCACAGUGGCCUACAUAAACUGACAAGGCGGAACGAAGAGCAGGGCUGCAAUGUCGGAGGUGACAAGAAUCCUCCUCUGGGCAGAAAGGCACGCUGUAGCGAUGUCGGCAAUCUUCAUUUCGGGAGUAGACAACUGGGAAGCGGACUUCCUCAUCAGACACGAUCUCCAUCCAGGAGAGUCGGGCCUGAACCCGGAAGUGUUUGAGGAGGUAACCGUUUGGUGGGGGGUUCCUCACAUAGGCCCUCAUUCCGAGUUGUUCGUUCGCUAGCUGCUUUUAGCAGCAUUGCACACGCUAGGCCGCUGCCCUCUGGGAGUGUAUAUUAGCUUAGCAGAAUAGCGAACGAAACAUUAACAGAACUGCUACUAAAUAAUUCCUUGCAGUUUCUGAGUAGCUCCAGACCUACUCCUAGAUUGUGAUCAGCUCGGUCCGUUUAGUUCUUGGUUUGACGUCACAAACACGCCCUGCGUUCGGCCAGCCACUCCCCCGUUUCUCCAGCCACUCCUGCGUUUUUACCUGGCACCGCCAUGUUGCCGCCCAGAAACACCCACUUCCUGUCAAUCACUGGAGCGUUGAAAAAACGUUGCUCGAGCUUGUGUAAAUCUCCAAAGUUUUGUGUUAAAUAACUAAGCGCAUGCGCGCUGCAUACCAUGCGCAUUUUCUACCUAAUCGCUCCGUUGCGAAAAACAGCAACGAGCGAACAACUCGGAAUGACCACCAUAGACAUGAUGGUUUCCCGCCUCAACAAGAAGCUGAGGAGGUACUGGUCGAGAGACCCACAGGCAGUGGCGGUGGACGCACUAGUAACACCGUGGGUGUUCACGUCAAUGUAUGUAUUCCCUCCACUUCCUCUUAUCCCAAGAGUUCUACAACUUGUAAGAAAAGCAAAGGUUCUGUCUAUCCUCAUUGCUCCGGACUAGCCAAGGAGGGCUUGGUACGCAGAUCUGUUGGAUCUACUGCUGGAGGAUCCAAGGCCUCUGCCUCUUUGGGAGGAUCUUCUACUACAGUGGCCGUUCGCUUAUCAAGACUUACCACGGCUACAUUUGAUGGCAUGGCGGUUGAGCGCCAGAUCUUAGCUCAGAAGAGUAUUCCGAGUGAGGUUAUUCCUACCCUGAUGCAGGCUAGGAAGGGGGUAACGUCUAAACAUUACCAUUGAAUUUGGAAAAAAUAUGUGACUUGGUGUGAAUCCAAGAAAUUUCCUGCAAUGGAGUUUCAACUUGGACGUUUUUCUCCUUUUUCCUGCAAGCAGGUGUGGAUAUGGGCCUGAGAUUGGGCUGCAUCAAGGUCCAGAUCUCUGCUUUGUCCAUUUUCUUCCAGAAACAAUUGGCUGUACUCCCUGAGAUUCAGACCUUUUUGAAAGGGGUUCUGCACUUACAGCCUCCCUUUGUGGCGCCAACGGCACCAUGGGAUCUUGAUGUGGUGUUGCAGUUCCUGCAAUCGGAUUGGUUUGAGCCUCUACAGGAGGCUGAAAUCAAGUUUCUCACAUGGAAGGCAGUAACUUUGUUGGCCUUGGCUUCUGCUCGACGUGUGUCAGAAUUGGGGGGCUUUAUCCUGUAAAAGUCCCUAUCUGGUCUUCUAUGACGAUAGGGCGGAACUCAGUACUCAUCCACAGUUCCUUCCUAAGUUUGUGUCGGCUUUUCAUAUCAACCAACCUAUUGUGGUGCCAGUGGCUACUGACUCCUCAAUUGCUUCAAAGGCCUUGGGUGUUUUGAGGACUUUGAAGAUUUUUGUGAAGAGGACCGCUCGUCUCAGGAAAUCUGACUCUGUUUGUCCUCUAUGAUCCCAAGAAAAUUGGGUGUCCUGCUUCUAAGCGGUCGAUUUCUCGCUGGAUCAGGUUCACCAUUCAGCAUGCCUGUUCUACAGCAGGAUUGCCGUGUCCAAAAUCGGUUAAAGCCCACUCUACUCGUAAAGUGGGUUCUUCCUGGGCGGCUGCCCGGGGUGUCUCUGCUUUACAGCUUUGCCGAGCAGCUACUUGGUCUGGUUCAAACACGUUUGCUAAGUUUUACAAGUUCGAUACUUUGGCCUCUGAUGACCUCAAGUUUGGUCAAGCAGUAAUGCAGGAGCCUGCGCGCUCUCCCUCCCGUUCUGGGAGCUUUGGUACAUCCCCAUGGUACUAAUAUGGACCCCAGCAUCCUCUAGGACGUAAAAGAAAAUAGGAUUUUAAUUACCUACCGGUAAAUCCUUUUCUCGUAGCCCGUAGAGGAUGCUGGGCAUUCGCCCAGCACUUCUUUAUCCUGCAGUGGUUAUUUGGUUCAGUACUGCCUGAUUCCUAGGUAAGUUCUGCGUUCUUUACUGUUUCGGCUGUUGCUGAGCUGUUCCAGCAUGUUGGCUGUAUUUGCCUUGGUUGUGUGAGCUGGUAUGAAUCUCGCCACUAUCUGUGUAAUUCCUUCUCUCGAAGUAUGUCGUCUCCUCGGGCACAGUUUCUAGGACUGAGUCUGGUAGGAGGGGCAUAGAGGGAGGAGCCGGCCAACACUGUUAAACUCUUAAAGUGCCAAUGGCUCCUGAUGGACCAGUCUAUACCCCAUGGUACUAAUAUGAACCCCAGCAUCCUCUACAGACUACGAGAAAAGGAAUUACCGGUAGGUAAUUAAAAUCCUAUUUUUAUUGUUUAUAUGCGUCACUCAUGUUACUACAAAAUGAACAUAGGAACUGUGGGACCUUACAUAUUUACUUAAAUCUGCUCUCCUAAGUGUAUUUACAAUAUGAUUGUUAUACUAUAAAUUUAUUAGACCGUAAACUUAUGCAGAAUGUUAUCUAAACUAUAUUUAAAAUCAAUAUUGACGUGACUCGGGUUACAUUUCUGUUCCCAGUGAAAGGGCUCCGAUAUAAAUUACUCAAACCUGUAGAAUCCUUGUGAAUUACUGUAGGCCUGUUUAUCUUCCUAAUUUACUGUGAAAAUGUAUAAAAUAUUUCAUCUGGUGAUGGCCGUGGAAAUUAGCUGUUUUUGUAUCCACUUCCACAAUUUCCAUACAGUAUAUGUUCAACGUUUACACACACAAGAAAUUGAUAUGCGAUAAAUAUAUAUUUUCAGUUAUCACGCAAUAUACUACAGUGUUUUGAGCAGCGUAGAUAUACUAAAAUGUUAGUGGUUAUGUGAAAUUUUAUCUUUAUUUAUUGGCCUACAUUUCAUGGAAUGACCUAUAUACCAUACUAAAAAUAUAUAGGGGUCUAUUCAUGAAGCCGUGAAAAGUGUGGAGAAGUGAGCCAGUGGAGAAGUUGCCCAUGGCAACCAAUCUGCAUUGAAGUAACCUUUUUAUAAUUUGCAUACUAUACAAUUUACGGAGCAGCUGAUUGGUUACCAUGGACAACUUCUCCAAAGGCUCACGUCUCCACACUUUUUUCACUGCUUCGUGAAUAGACGCCAUAAUCUCCAGUAUAAUGGCGGUACUCAUGGGACUUUUAAAUAAUGAACUCACGACAACCUGUCUAAAUUGUCCAACAUUUCAGUUAGUGACUACUAUUAUGAAGAACAUAAGUGAGAGAUAGACAUACGGUACCUUUUUUAUAGCCAGUCAUUGGUGUAAGGCCACACACUCCUGAUGCUUCCUUUUUCAGGACUGGGUGAAACUGAAAGAUCUGCUGUACAGCUUCUAUUCUGGAAUCUCCUGGAAUUAUUUGGCUGCCUAAUUCUUGCUCCAACAAACAGCAAUGUGUCUCGCGCUAUACUUCCUCCUGCAGGAACUCCAGAUCUGGCUACAAUGUAUAUUUUUGUUUUCUGGUACCCCUUCCCCCCCCCCCCCCCCCCCCUCUAUCCCCCUCAUAUUGGUGGUCAUUUCUAUGAAUUGCAUCUACUUUAUUUUCCCCAAUAGCAAUGUUGGUAAGUGUCUAUUUUUUAAACUCCAAACCAUGAGUGGGGUGAUGAAAUGCACACUUGUGCAUCCCUGGAAUUCAUUAACAUUCAGGUUAUGUUCAUGUUUGGUCUGCCUCAAAAUGGGAAGCUCCCUGUCUUCUAUAAAAGUUUGCCUCACUUACUAACUACUGAGCAAUCCUUUGUUAUUUAAAGUUUAACUGUUAUCUAAACACAGUGGAGGAUUUUGUGGUCUGAAUUAAUUUUCAGUUUGAAUUACCUUGGAACUAGUGAUCUCACGAUCAUAAGGUGCUUUGAUGUCAGCGAUUCCUAGUGAAUUCUUGCCUCAUUGGUCUUUAGGCAACUGCUAGACUUUAAAUCUCUAUUUCCAAUGGGAAACUCCUAUUUACAGUAUUUGUGCAGCAAUCCAUAAACUUAUUCUUAUGGAUCUCCAUUCAAAAUAUUUAAAAACAAAGCCAGAUUAACUAUCACAUUCUAUAGGUACAGUGUUACAAUAAUAGUAUUGUAAAUGUAACGAUCUUAUUUUUAUAUUUCAAAUGUCAGCUUUAUAUAUAGGGGUUUUUUUGUUUGUGUGUGUGAUUUAAAGGUCAAAAAAUACUGAAUUGGUGAUAUAUUAUACACACUAAGGGCGAUAUUCAAAUGACAUAUCACGCCUAAUCUCCUUUCUAAAGUGAUCCCCGUUAUCGCGCCCAUAGUAAUCAGGUUUAGCCGCGUAAAGGGUUAGGGUGCCUUGCUAUCUGGGGGGGUGGCGAGCUGAAAUGAUACCACUCCCAUCAGCAGAAACAGAAUGGGUGUGGAAGGGGGCGGAAAGAAAUGAAUACCGCCCUAUGAGUGGAACAGAACUCUUUUUGUUUUAAAAAAAAAAAAAAUACAACUUCCUAUUUAGAAAGCAUUCAUACUGGAGUGAACAUAAGCUUUUUUUUUUUUUUUUUUUGUCUAAAGCCAAAGUAGUGGUCUACUGAAGGGUCUGUACUGCACUGAAUGCAUUUCAGAUUCAUCUUAUGUGUAUAUUGAGAGAUCUCCUGUACAUGUCCCUAAUGUGAUUUUCCUUCAAAUUAUUGGCCUAGAUAUAAUAAGGAAUAAAAAGAUGAACUGAGAAACUGUAGAGUAUUGUUGCUUUAUAAUAAAAUGUUCAUUGUAAAAUCAGGGCACUUCGCUGCCCCCCACUGUUUUACAGAAAUAAAUAUUGAAGUUCA